UUUGUCGUUAGUUUUUGUGUUAUAUGAUAUAAAACUGUAUUUGACUGAAUUGAUUGCCAAUAAACAACUGAUCAUUGAUUUUCUUGGUUUAGACAGUCGUCCGCUUUCUAUCACCAAAAAUAAAUCAAUGGGUAAUAACAUGUGUUACUACUUGUGCUGUUGUUAUUGUUGCUGUUGUCGGCAAAAGUAUAACAAAAAGGACAGAUAUCAAGAAAAAAGACGAACACUUAAGGUAUUGAGUAAAAUAGCAAAAGAUCAUAAACAGAGACAACUCGGGUCGGACCCAAUCAAACUGAAACUCAGAGAUAUGGGAGAGUUCUAUGAAAUACCGACUAAACAGUAUAAAACAGCUGACGAUGUUAUAGCUAUGAAAGGCUAUCGACAGGACAGGGAGUUGGGUUCCGGUAAAUAUGGGACUGUCUUUCUAAUGAUACACAUCAACAGUGGAGAACAGUUGGCCUGUAAAGUGUUGGUAUUAGACGAUAGGAUGAGAAGUAAAGGCGAUAGACAUAAGCUGACCAAAGAUAUCAAAUACGAAUUGUUUGCAUUGGAAAGACUACGGCACCCGUAUGUCGUCAAACUAGUCACCCAUUUUAAUGUUGACAACACUGCCGACCGGUUGACCACUUUUUACAUUGUUAUGCAGUACGCAGUCGGCGGUACACUCAACGAACGUAACCAUCAGUCGGGACCGUUUGAUGAAGACCUGUGUCGGACAUGGUUUGGCCAAAUGCUGUCGGCAUUGGUUUACAUGCAUUCGCGUAAUAUCGCCCACCGAGACAUCAAACCCCAGAACAUACUGUUAGAUGUUUCCGAUGAUAUACUGAUCAGUGAUUUCGGAUUGAGUCGUGUUGUCUACAGACAGGGCGCACAUUUGGAGUCGAAAACGUUUUGCGGAACGGCAUCCUAUAUGGCACCCGAACUAUUGAACAUUAAAGUCAUAAAACAACAACAAAUACUGUACGGUGAAGACAAACAAACAAAACCCGGAUAUAAUGCUAAACUUGUGGACGUCUGGGCACUGGGAGUCGUACUUUACAAUCUGUUUACUAAACAGUUUCCAUACUAUUCAGCCCGACAUAAACACUGGUCACAAGCGCUGACCGAAAUGCAAUCAAAACAAUAUCGGUUUAGCAGUCAAUUCAAACCGUCAGCCGAUUUGGUGGACAUCAUUGACCAGAUGUUGGAACCAAAUCCCAAACGCAGACCCGAUAUGCUGUCACUGACACAACACAAAGAUAUGUUUCUACAACAAGAGGAUGAGGAACAGGUAUUACAGUAUAAUAAUAAUAAUAAUAAUAAUAAUGUGAUAAAUAUAGAUCAAAAACAACAGGAAAGUGAUAGACAAGUGUUACCCGAACUUUCUGUAGAGGCCAGGGAUGUACUGAUCAGCGAAGGUAUUGAACUCAUCGACUAUAUUGCCAGAGAUGUCAACUGUGUUGUAGUGAAAGGCCUGAUGAAGUUGACCACCAUUGCAGCCGAUAUCGAUGUCGACAACAAUUACAACAAUAACAUCGACGUCGCCGUUAAGGUCACUGAUCUUCACGAACAGAGUCCAGAAAUACGGGACGUUUACAUACCCCGAGAGAUCAGUAUUGUCGAGUCGGUAGAUCACCAGUAUAUCAUCAAAACCUAUAAAGUGGUCAAACAUAGCGACCGUUUUAUAUUCAUUUUUUUGGAGGAAACGGUAAUCAAAGAGUGGUUCAAACAGAUUGUCGAAGCUGUCGACUAUUUGCACGGUAUAGGUGUAGCCCAUCGGGACAUCAAACCGGACAACGUGUUGGUCAAGAAUCGUCAAAUGAAAUUAUGUGACUUUGGUUUAGCUCAACGAUUCGGUCGACAGGAAAUGUGUCGAUCGGUUUUCGGUACUGCCGAAUACAAGGCUCCCGAAAUGUUUGCCAUUAGUACAGAAAACGACGGCUCAAAUGCUGAUCAAAUACCGAAGCCGUUUGACCCGUUUGUUGCCGACUGUUUCAGUUUAGGUGUCCUAUUGUUUGUGAUGAUAACCCUGAAGUUUCCGUUUCAAGUGUCGGAUGUACUUCGCCGGGAGGACACCAAUAAUGAAGCCAUGGCUGAGGCCAGGCAUGACUUAUUGAAACAGAUUAACGAAAAACAUUGGCUGACUAUUGUUGUAACUGAUGAUACAGAGGACAGAUAUCGUAUUAACGACAGCGAUCUGCUUAGUCUACUUCAUCAGCUGAUGAAUCCCUGUCCCGAUGAACGCAUCCGCAGCCGUCAAAUACUAACACAUCCCUGGUUUCUACAUAAUUGA